AUGGGCGUCUGUCUAAUUUCCCGUAUUUUCCUAUGGCACCUGUUCGUCGUGGCCGGAUUUGUUCACGAGUCGCUGGCUCGUGCAUUUCCUAGUUCGGCACUCGCCCGCGCUCGAGUGCUGUCUGCAGCAACAUUGAGAUCCUCGCUGGAGACACGAGAUGUGUCUGCCGCUCUUUUGAGAAGGGAAACCAGCUAUGACUUCCUUGAAGGCCGUAGCAGCAGCGCCCCUUCUGCUCCCGAUGGCUCUGUCUUUACUGCCAGUGUGGUGGUUAGGAGCCAAAAGCCGAUUUUGACCCUUGAAGACAUUGAGAGUGAUCUUGUUGACGUUUCUUGCUCCACAACGGAAAUAGAACUUCAUUUUGCUUCGAUCGACGCCCUGGAUCGAGUGGCGAAGGAGAUUGAACAGCUUACUGAGUUUGUCGUGGUGUCAUCGCAUUUAAAUUGCAAUGAAGCGGACCAAAGAGCACCCCAUAUGGUCACAAAAGUUACUAUCCUCAGGGACAGAAAAAUCAUCAUUCUAUCAAAAAUGUCGAGUGGCUGGAAAGAUGCUUUCAGCAUGGUGGAAGUCUCAUUCGCCCGCAGAUCAUCAGCUCAAGUUUUGGAACGACGAAAUAUCAAUUUGAAGAAACGUCAGGUGGAUCAGCCUACAGAGACGGCACAACCAAGUUCAACAAAAAGAGAUUUCCCAGUGGUCCCCCCAGCUGCCACCAGCGCGCCUGCUGAAUCCAAAGAAGACAUUGAAGUGAAAGUGAUUGACCAAGUCAUUAUGCCUCCUGAAUUCCCAGGAUCUUCUCUAUUCAUUCCCCAGGGAGUGACAUUAAAAUGCAAAAACUGUACAGUCGCUGGCAGUGUGGACCUCUCUCAAGGAUCCUUCAGGCUCGAGGAUCCAAUAGACAACCCAGUGGAAUUAGUGACUGAUGUCAUUCGAUAUUUCGAACAUGGUGAAAUCCAGAUCGAUGUCGAGAAUCUCUUUGCGCAUAUCGAACUUUCAACGAAGCUAGAUUUAGCAGAAAAUGGUUUGCAAUUCUCAGUACCAUUGCCAGAAAUUCCUAUUACGCCCUUUAUGAUACCCGGCAUUGUCGCUUUUGGUCCAAUUUUUAAGCCCGAGAUUGAGAUGUCACUGACACUACCUGAACCUCUUGAGUUUGACUAUGGAUUCAAUGUUUCCGUGCCGAAUGACGCGAGAUUUACGAUCGAUAUUGGAGACCUAAAUAACUCGACCACACAAGGCUUCGAUCGCACAAAAUUCUCAUCCCUUCCUUACCAGGCACAAGUUCCAACCGGCUUUGAAUUCAAUAUCAGCUUCCGCCCCGAAGUUCUUCUAGGCGUCAACUCCCUCAUCGGUGGCACAACAGGCGGUGUCGGCGCCUUCUUCACCAUCCCCUCCAUCAACGUAAAAGUCGAGCAACUCAAAAACGUCGACGGUAAAUGCAACCCGCUUCCAACCUCAUCCGCUCUGCCAGGCGACGACGACGACGACGACGAGAAAAACCGCAUCCCCACCCUCGAAGACCUCAUUGGGAAUUUCACCAACAUCGUCCCCACCGUCGAACUCAACGUGGGUGUCCUUGCGGAGUUGGAAAUCGGUAUCGGUGCCUUCCAAAAGAAGCUUGAAGCGGAUCACACCGUUAUUUCCAAGGAAUUCGCGCUCCCGACAGCGUGCUUGGCGUUUAAUCAGGAGAAGAAAUCGUUUGCAUCGCCGACGCCACCGCCUCCUCCACAAUCCAAUGAGCCCGGGAGCGGUCCUGGCGUUGCACGGCCGAAAGAUGGAACGGGGGGUUCCAAUCGGGCGUUUGGAGAUAGUGCAGAGGCUCGCGUGAUACUAUGGGGUUCCAUGUUGACUGCGACGUUAGUAGUUGUGGGCUUUUUGUGA